UAGACACAGAACAACACUCGGUCGGACGAGUAAAGGGAAAUAUAAAAACAAUCUCUUUGUUUCCUUCUCGAACCACAGAGCUGCCAGCAGGCUCAUGGAGAGCGGAGUCCUGCCUGUCUGCACCACUGGCAAAACAAUCGGAUGCCUUUCACUACUGCAGCUCCAUUAGAUGCUUCCCAUUCAGGAUUCAUUGGUUGACCAAUGGCUCCCAAACAUGCGCUUUUCUCCAGCAUCGGCAGCGUUGGCCCUGGGAAUGAAGGAUUGAAUAUAAAAAAAGAAGCCUGCACUUCCUCUCCGACGGCAUGGAUCAUUUAUCCCGGGAUGGUGGCCUCAUGUUCUUCCAGGAACGUGAAGAGGACGGUGGCGCUGGAAUGGAUGCUGUUCCGGAGGUUUGUGACCAUCAGCGCUCUGCUCCUGAUGAUGAUGAUGCAGGGCUCCUCGGCGGCUGAAGCUGAAGGUGGUCACCAUGGCUCGAUGAAACAUUCUAACCUCUCCGCCAGCAUGGGGAACAGAGCGAGACCGAGGGAUAAAGACAAAGAAGUGAUGAAUGUGACUGAUGAUCCUGGAGCUUUACCCGCUUUGCCUGCGGGUCAAAUUCUUGCUGAGAACAAAACAAUGGUUAUUACUGAAACAGAAGCAAGAGUGCAGGAUGAGGCAGGUGGGAAAAGCUCUGCAAUGGAGACUGGUGUCUUGGCUGAAGACACGGCUAAAAAGAGACUUAGGGAAAAGGAGGGGGGUGACCAGGCUGCCUGGUUUGGGCAGCAGAGUCUGCAGACACACAGAGAAAGUCAAAAAGAGCAGGUAGCUUUCUCAUCAGUCCCCACCACACAUCCAGCGACAGAGGUGCUCCAGAAACCAGAAUUAGGAAUACCUUUAGGACUGCUGUCUAAAGCUGCUUGGAGAAAAAGCUCCUCUUCAUCAUCCAAGACCUCCACCUCCUCUACAACCAAAGUUUCCUAUUUGCCUUCCUCCUCCUCCUCUCCAUCCACUCUAAGCAGUUACAGAGAAAGUCAAACAGCAACUCCAAUCAAUGUCUCUCUGGUUUUUGCCAACAGCAACUCCUCGACCAGCAACAUCAGCACUAGUUUUGAUGAGUCAGUUAGUAGCCUGCCAGCAUGGGAUCUCCCCACUGUUCCAGAAUCGCUACUGUCCACUGUGGGUGACCACGAUGUAACACUUCCUGCCAAUGUCACCAGUCCCUUUUCCACCCACAAAUGGAACACCACUGUGCCCACUCGCACCAGAAACAGCUCACGGCUCACGACCACAUCGACCGUGACCAUAAACACAUCGCUUUCACCCAGUACCACCUCAACUUUACGGUCAUCCAUCAUGGUAAAAGCAAAACCUACACCAGGAUCUACCACAGUUUCAAGCCAGAACACUGUGUCCAAUGAUAGUCUUCUGCUGAGAAUGGUAACCACAAUGACACCCUCAAAGACCACUCAUACUGUGACCACCACUGAUAAGAUAAUGCGGGCAGUGACCACUGGGAGCACUGUUACAGUACCACCAAAUACCACUGCUGCUACAAACAUGCCGCAAACAACAAGCCUCGAACAUAUCACAGAAGCCACAACACUGCCUACAACUACUACAACUACAACUGCUACAACAACCACCACAACUACUGUACCCCCAACCACCACCACAGCUCCAACAACCACUACUACAACUACUCCACCCACAACUACGACAACUGCCACCACCACUACUACUACCACAACAACAACAACAACAACAACAACAGAAGAACCUGCCACCACUGAGGUCAUCCUGAUCCAAACAAUACCUCCUCCAACCACCACUAUAGAACCUCCAAUCAGUACCAGCACAGUGGAAAGUCCUCUCCCAUGCAACAUGACCAAGAAAUACUGGGUCAAAACAGUUCUGUCAAUUGAGCUGCGAGGGAACCGUCUAGACCUUAUCCUGAAACAGAACCUCUCUAAAGGGCUGAGCCAUGCCAUACAGAGGGCUCUGAACGACUCCACUGCCUAUGCACAGGUGGAGCAUGAUGACUGCAGUCCCCACAAUGUGACUUUGGGUUACUAUGUGACCAGUGGUAAAACUGUCUAUAUUUCCUCCUUUGUGGUUGAGGCACUGAAUGUUUACGGUUUUGACAAGCUGCUAUCGGACAUCAGGCAGCACACCCCAUUGGUAAAGGCAGUUCUGGUUCCUGUGGCAACAUGGGUGCCUUCUCCAAGCAUUCACCUGCAGCUGAAAACAGUGCUAAGGUUCGUCGGACCAACAGAUAACAUCUUCUCCUGCAGUUUCGUUGAAAUUUUGGAGCAGAGACUAGAAAACGCCUUUGAAGAGGCUCAAGACAAAGUGCUGGAGACCUACAACAGGCUCACUGUUGAGAUCCAGAACGUGUUACAAGAACCAGGCUCUCCUUCAGUCUCUGUGCUUUAUCUGGUUAAGAACCAAGAUAUCAUUCUUAAUGGGACAAUUUCCAGCGGCCUCCUAAACCAACUUUCUGCAGAGCUGGUGGGAUACUUCCUGUUCUACCCGCCCCUGAUCAUAGCUGAACCCCUUGAAUACCAUCAACUUAACACAUCGAUGGCUACCAAGAACUAUUGGGUAAAAACAGUGAUCCAGGAUGUAGACAGCUCCUCGUUAGAGGUCAACUAUCAGAGUUUUGCCAGCCUGAUGGAGCAGCGGCUGGCUGAGCUCUUCCUGGUGGCUGGCAGGCAAGGCUCUCAGACGGCACGAUCUCGGCGAGCCACUACAGUAGGGGGUUACACCGUACAGAUGGUGAGCAUGCGUAGAAUGCCCGGUCCUAAGAACCCAGCUGAGAUGACAUACUAUGUCCAGCUACACGGAGUACCAGUGACUGGAUCCACUGCUGCCAAGACCCUGAGCAGUCUCGACUCCCAGACCAUGGCUCUGACGCUGGGAUACUUUGUACAAGUGCAGGCUGAACCUGUGGUAAAGAUUCCCCCAGGCAACCUGUGGAUCAUGGCUGUUCUGACACCCCUCUUCUUAUUGCUGGUGGUGAUCGGCAUGGUGGCCUUCAUUUUAUGCAAGAGAAACAGGGUGAUCUUCAAAACAGGCGCUUUCAGGACCUUCAAAACUCGCUCCAAGACCUCAUAUCGAAGGGAGGGCAGUUACCACCACCAGCCGGUCCAGGGCUUUGACUACGCCAAGAAGCACAUGUGUCGAACAGGUGAUGAUACCAUCUCUGUUACCAAGGACACUCUGGUGCUCGGCCUGCCGGUACGAGAUGCUCCACUCUCAUUAUCUUUGGAUAAGAAGGUCCACCAGGAUGGGACCGCCAGCAAAAGGCCUCCAUCUGCUGACAUACAAAAAGGAGGACGGUUGCCAAGUGACGAGGAUGGUUCAGUGUCAAGCAAGGGCUCUGGGAAGCUGAACACGAGUAAGAACUCCUCAGCCCGAAGACCAGCAAACAGUAGCAGCAAGAAUGGCAAGGAGGAGCUGCACAAGAGGAGCACAAACGAUCCGUAUGAGGAUCAUUCAGGCUCUCUGCGUCUCAUCACAAUCAAACCCAUGACAGCUCAGCCAACCUACUCUUACCCCUCUGCAUCCCACAGCCAAGACUCUGUUGUCCUCAAUGGAGAGACAAACCAUGGGGGAUUGAAGCAAAAAUCAGACAUCGAAAACUACAGGAACAAACUUCGUCAGAAAGCUCGAAGGAAGGGGUACGGGGAGUUCUCUUUAUCUGAGAGCGGCAGCCAUGGCUACAACCACCGUGACCCCAGGCAGAGUCGACUUGAUAAUGGUGUCAAGGAGCCAAUGACGGCAGAAGAAAAGAGGGCCUCCUUCGCAGGAUGUCACAAGAGAUACUCCCAACAACGAGAUCCCGCCUAUUGGAGCAGGCAGUCUCUAAGCAGCCCUAGCCCAGUUGAGACGGAGAUGGACCUGCUUGUGCUGAGAGAAAGAUCGAGGAGGGGCAUCCGUAACAAUGGCUACGAUGGUGAACCUGAGCACUUUGAGGAGACCAAUGUGGACCGUCUGAUCAGCUCUCUGGGUUACGGAGGUGGAUCUACUGGCACUGGGACAGGGAGCUUGGGGGUGAAAGCUCACCGUGGCUCUGACUCCUCCACACUCAGCUCCCAGCCAUCCAUUGAUGAAGUCCGCACACAGAUGCAUAUGUUGCUAGGCAACACGUUCAGCCUGGCACCUCAGGACCAUAACCCCCCUUCUCCUCAUACCAACAGCCAUCACCAUCACCACCACCAUGCCCACAGAGCCUACAAUCCUUCCCACACAAGCCACUACAGUGAUGGGGUGACCAGCGCCCCAGGGACAAUGAACCAUCCCUGUGGAGGAAGAACAAGAAGCACAGGUUACGAGGAUAUGCACCAGUGUAGUCUACCCAAACCUGGUUUCCGUUUCACACAACUUCCUGAUAUGGGCAUAGGGUCUCCUCCACCACUGAUCCCCUCAAGACCAGGACCACCAGCCGGGACCUCAUUAAGACGUUCCACCCCUGAUGUCAGUCUCAAACCUCGAGUGUCUGAGGCCUCAGACCUGCAGGCCCAGCAGCUCAGUGUUGCCCCGUUUCUGCCACUGUCUCGGACCCCAUUCCCAGCUGUCACUGUGGACCAGUCCAUCACCAACUACUCAGGAAACCCAAUAACAGCAGUCUAUGCUAUAUCAGCCAAUCGCUCGGGUUACUCGGACUACUUUGUCAUGUCACCACCAUCCUCAUACCGUAGCCCAUCCUGGAUGUCCUACCCACCUGAACAGGAAGACCUGCCGCGGCAGUGGAGCGACACACCAAACUCACGUCAUCUUGAAACCAUCUGUUGAAGUUGUCUGCCUGACUGAGAGGAAACAGCCAAUAUCUCGGUGUCUCUUUUGAUGAGAAGAGGACCUCUCCUCACCAAAGUUCUCUGGAACUUACCCUUCCUUAACUUUAGCCAGGCCUUUCCUAUUUAUUUCCUGCUUCCUCCCCAGCUCUGCCCUGACCUUUGCUUUUUGUCUCUCUGCCCACUAAGUUGCAUCUUAAAACAAGUCCUCCUGUGCUCCUGUGCCCUAAAAGCCCCUUUACCUUCUUUAAUAUUUUUAACAGUGCAAAUGCUCAGCCAUAAAUCUCUGGAUAUCUGUAUUCUCUUUGCUCCUUGAGCACCUGGCCUCACUGCCCCUUACUGCCCCCCUGUCACCAUUUCUAUGUCGGCAGCCGCCACUUUACAGCAAGAGCCUCGUCACACUGAACUGAACAGUGCUCAGCUGAGCUGCAUUAAUCUGGGUUGUGCCUCCCUCAGUAAUAACAGUGUGCAGUGUAGAUGAACAGGGGGAAUACAGCGCAGUAUACAGUACCAUGCAGAGGGGCAAGAUGGGCCUUUCAACCAGUUCUCAGCAAUUGUUGUACAGUAACAGCCAUCUGCACAGCACAUAAUGGCACACAGGGCUGUGUUAUCAGUACGGCAGUGCUCCAGCAAUGGCCAGUGUUCUACUCCUCUGAAAUGGACCGGACCAUCCUGGACUUCCCCUAAGGUCCACCAUAAAGCCAGGAAUGCUGGAAUGACUUAAAACUGUGCUUUUUGAUUAUUCCCAAUUCCUAUGUAAACCUUCUACAGCCAGUUAUUAUGUAUUUUAAACUUGACUAAGAAAAAAAGUAAAAAAGCAAAAAAAUGUAUUGAGCUUACUCAAUUUUUGUUUUUGGAUAUUUGUGUGAUUUUGUCCUUUACUUUUGUGCAUUAUAAAUGGUUUCUCGUAUAAAAAAAUUAUGUGAGUGUUUACUGUUCACUCACUAACUUCAAGGCAAAAAUAAAUUAUGAUAUAUAUAUAAAUAUAAAUAUAUAUAUAUAUAUAUAAAUAUAUAUAUAUAAACAUAAUUUUCUUUCAUGACAGAGAAAUCAGCAGCUUAAUGUGUGUGAUUAUGAUAGCAUUUCUGUUACUUUUAAAAGAAAAGAAUAGCUUCAAACAUUUUUUUUUAACAGAUUCAGAAAUGAAAACAACAAUAAGUAACUAUGUUUUUUCCAUCAUCUGAUUAUGAAGUUUUUGUCUGAUAACCAUUAGGCAGACCUGGGUCAAAUGUAUUAAUUGAAAUCCUUCCUAAGUAGAGUUUUGUCUGCAAGGUUCUUUGACUUUACACAUAAGAUAAAAUAUCACUAAAAUACACCUUGGGUUUUAACUGAUUUCAAUUCGGGUUUGGCUCAGGUCUGUUACAAUGACGUGAAAACAUGUGUUUUCUUAGAAAAAAAAAGUUCUUACUUGAAAGUUGUCUACUGUAUACGGAAAUUUGACUCUGGGUUCAUUUGAUCUUAACAGAGAGGGUUAAUUAUUUGGGCGUAAUCCAAAUUCCACCCCUCUGCCCCUUCCACUUGGCCCUGUCUGAUGCUAUAUAAUGUGUUAUUUCUUUUGGGGUUGUGGUCAUGGUGUUGGAAAAAAGCCCACUGUUAACUGUUUUCAGGCAGACUUCAAGGUUACCAGAAUGCAAACUAAAGUAUUUUAGCAACAAAGAAAUCUCCCAUUUCAUGGAACAAGUCCGAAACUUUGCAAAUAAUCAAGCAAAUAUUUCAAAAUCAGGGGUAGGGCAAAGGGGGGAUUGGAAUUUGACCAUAGCCACUAGACUAUCGGGUUGUAGUGAACUAGGAACUUGCCAGGCUCAAUGAGCCAAAUACGUUACAGUUAAAUGUAUAAUUGUAAAUAUAAAAUUAUUUAAUGAAGAGAAUUAUGCAAGAACUGUGGGUGGGGAACUUCACCUGACAUUAUCAUUAAGCCUUCAUAUAUUGUCAUUUGUACUGAAUUUAUGAUGGAUGGACUAUUUUGAGCCUAAUUGACUUUUUGAAAGAUGUACAAAUUUAAAUAUAAUCUGUGUCCUAAUUGUCCAUAAUUAAACAUAACAAAGAUAUAUUCACCUAAAAAUGACAAAUUUACACACACUCAAACACACACACACACACACACAUGCACGCAGAUAAUACACAAAUAAAAGACAUUAUAGAGAGACAGUAAUGCUAACAGAGAGUUUAACAUGAACUAAGCACUUUUACAGGUUUUAAAACCUUGACACAGAGCAGAAUCAAUGCAACACUUUUGAAAAGACUUGAAAAUAUAUAUUCUAUACAUCUUGAUUAUAUGAGGAAUGACUUUCCAUUAAAGGGAAGGACUGCAGCAAACAUGGACAACACAAAGUAGAUGUACAAAUCAAACAAGAAAACCAAAAUGAAGUAUAAUGAAAAGGAAUAUUAUGAUUUUAUUUCAUUAUCAUGAAAUACAGUCAGUGGUCAGAUAUUAGGCAAAUGCACUUUUGGAAAUAUGGGAAAAAAUUGUGUCAAACUGUUGUUGAGGUUGGUCAAAGUAUUCUUAUGAGAGCUUGAAUGGUUAAUGGAAACAAAGAACUGUUAUUGAUAUUCAAACAAUGUUAGUUGAAUAUGCUCCACACACAACAAAUGUGUAUUUAUAAAUUGUGCUAUGCACCAGAUUCAUUAUUCAAGAAAAAGAUGCACAGUUCCUAAUAAUAACUAAAAAUUGGUGUAUCAUGGGUUCUGAAGUUUAACUAUAGAGUCUUAGAAAGUAUUCCUUUUCAGGACACCCGACAAGAAAGAGGGAAACACACACCCAACAACAGUCAAACCUAAGCCAUCUGCAACUUUGCAUGGGGUGACCCCACACAUACUAACUCAACAUAUAAACAAAAUACAUUUAAUAAUAAGUCACAAAAGACAAGUAUUUUUCUUAAUAUUUACACAUAGAACAUUUUCCACUUUUAAAAUCUGAAUAUUUGGGAAAGAGUGAAGAUAUGAGAUGACAGUACUGGAUCAUUAUUAGAGCACUAUAUAUGUAUAGUGUUUUAUCAUCAUCAAUGACUUAUGGAACAAUCAUCACAUUUUUAUAUUAUAUUCAGUGUAUGAACCCAGUUGAAGAAAACACACCUCCACUAUUGUUCCUCAUUUCAUUUUACUCCAUAUUAAAUAGAGGGGGGGGUUGGUUUUCUUUUAAAGCAGUGAUUCAAAGGAGAUGCUAUGCUUUAUGUUUAUGUACAAUGUUUGUGCUUUACACGGGUAGCGGCGACAUGCCUUUAUUGACGAUGGACUCUGAGAUGGACCGACUGUCAGUAGAUUUUUAUUCUGCCGUUUGAGCCAUGUCAUGAUGCUGUGUCAUCAUGGCAGCGCUAAUGAUGUCACACUAUUGUCACUAGAGUGUUGUGAAAUCAAAGUGACCAAAACAAUGAAUGAUGUUGGAUGUAGUUAUGCAGAAAACUUUUUGGUGAAUUUAAACAAUAAAGACUAAAGACUA